AUGAUCCCUUUCUACGUUCUCUCCUUACUUCUUAUUGCAUUGCCCAGUACUACCACAGAUGUCAUCAACGAUCCCUACACAAGAAGCUCCCGCCGCACCCUCACCGUCUCUUUAAAUGCCACCACACCGUCGUCACUGCCACCUAAUCAGCCUAUGUCUGCGUUGCCACCGGUGAAGGUUGUGAGGGCGUUGGCGACGGCGUCGGCGAAGGCAACGGCAACGGCAUCGGGGAAGGCAACGGCGACGGCAUCGGCAAAGGCAACGGCGACGGCAUCAGCGCCGGCAACAGCAAAGGCGUCGGCGUCAGCAACAGCAUCUGUGACUGCGUCGGCACCGGUGUCGGCGUCGCUGCCGCCGUCGCUGCCGCCGUCGCUGCCAACCUUCAUGACAAACAGAUCUGGAAGAAGCAAACCCUCAUCGAUGAUAAUCAUCGUUGGUACUCUUGGUUCAGCUGCUUUCUGUUCGUUAGUUGUGGGAUGCUUCUUUCGCAAGAGACUCAGAACAGUCAAAGAGAGAUACCACUCCAAACGACAAAAGAAAAAAGUUGGUAAUGAUAUGAAGAAGACUGUCGAGUCAUUGCAAUUUAGAUUGGAAACUAUUGAAACUGCCACGAACAAGUUUUCAGAUGAUAACAAAUUAGGUGAAGGAGGAUUUGGUGCCGUUUUUAAGGGCACACUUGGUAAUGGACAUGAAAUAGCAGUAAAACGGCUAUCGAAAAGCUCCACACAAGGUGUGCAAGAAUUUCAGAAUGAGGUGGUAUUGGUGGCGAAACUUCAACACAGAAACCUUGUGAGGCUUCUGGGAUUUUGCUUGGAAGGAGAAGAAACCUUACUUGUCUAUGAAUAUGUACCCAACAAAAGUCUUGACAAUUUUCUAUUUGAACCCAACAAACGAGAGCAGCUGGAUUGGUCGAAACGUUGCAUGAUAAUAGGAGGAAUCGCUCGAGGAAUUUUAUAUCUUCAUGAAGAUUCUAGGCUUAGAGUUAUACAUCGUGAUUUAAAAGCUAGCAACAUCUUGUUAGAUGACGAAAUGAAUCCAAAAAUAUCAGAUUUUGGGAUGGCUAAAAUGUUUGGAGUUGAUGGUCAAACUCAAGGAAAUACCGAAAGAGUCGUCGGAACUCUUGGUUAUAUGGCUCCAGAAUAUGCAAUAGAAGGAAUAUAUUCAGUAAAAUCAGAUGUCUUUAGCUUUGGUAUACUCCUGCUUGAGAUCACCACGGGAAGAAAGAACUUUUUAGGCUUUAACUGCCGUUUUCCUACACUUCUAGCACACGCUUGGCAAUCAUGGAAUGAAGGAAAAGGGUUGGAUUUGAUAGAUCCAAUACUGUCGAAAGAUUCGUGCAAGCCAGAUCAAGUUUUGAGAUACAUCCACAUUGGACUAUUGUGUGUUCAAGAGGAUGCAAACAGUAGGCCGACCAUGUCAUCAGUUGUUUUAAUGUUGAAAACUGAAACUAUUGGCCUUCCCAAACCUGAACGACCGGCAUUUUUUACAGGAAGAUCUGCAAAUAUGCAGUAUCCAAUAGCUGCUAAUAGUCGCACCAUCAAUGGUUUAACAAUUUCUGAUGAUCUUCCCCGUUAAGGAUAAAUUAUAAAUUAUAUGCUUGUAUAUACAGCCUAUAUCUCGCAUUCAACCCCUAUAUACAUACUUCUCGUUCAAGUGAUAUUUUUUGUGAGACUGAUAAUUGAUUAUGAAGUUAGGCAAUUAAAUUGUUGAACCUUUUUAUAUUA